GAGCCCAGCCCCGCGUUAAUGUCUCUGAGUGAGGUAUAUAAGGAGGAGAAGGACAUCUGAGGAUUAGUUCCAAUAGCUCAAUAGAUCAACCAUGAUCAAGUAUCUGGCUCUCCUUGUUGUCCUUGGCGCAGCUCUUGCUGAUGCCCAAUAUUAUGGACGUGCAUAUGGUGGCUACAGCCGUGGAUAUGGUAGCUUCAGCCGUGGCUAUGGUGGAUAUGGACGUGUAUAUGGAAAGAGGUCUGCUGAUGCCGAACCUACCGCUGAUGCCGAACCUACCGCUGCUGCCGAGCCCGCUGCUGAGCCCACUGCUGACGCAUACUACGGGUAUGGAGGUUAUGGGUAUGGAGGAUAUGGACUUGGAUAUUCUUCUUACGGAUAUGGUAUUCCUUAUGGAGGAGUCAGAUACAUCGGAAAGAGGUCUGCUGAUGCCGAGCCUACCGCUGCUGCUGAACCCGCUGUUUUGCCUGCUGCUGGCGCAUACUACGGGUACGGAGGAUAUGGACGUGCAUAUGGACUUGGAUAUGCUUCUUAUGGAUAUGCUCCAGUUUAUGCAGGACACUACCUAGGAAAGAGGUCUGCUGAUGCCGAGCCCAGCUAUGGAUACGGAUAUAACCGAGGAUAUGGAUAUGGAUAUGGCCGAGGAUACGGAUAUGGCCAUGGAUAUGGAUACUACGGAUAAAUGAUUGAUAUUUUUGAGAGUUUUGGACUAACAAGAAAUUAAAACUGUAAAUCACAACUUCAUUCUUUACAAUAAAUCAUUCCAAUUUGUAA